ACGAAGAAGAAAGGGGCCAUUCUCCCGGGCAGCUGAAACGUUAGCUACGUAUUGUUGACUUCUGACUUCAGGCUGCACAUAAAAUGACUUCUCGUUGGCUAAGAAACAUUGAAACGUAACUCGUGUUGAAUAUAUCUGAAGGAGACGCUACUCAAGACUCUCAGGAUGAAGGUGAAGAUCCGGAAUUGGAGCGGAGUGGCGUCCUGGUUGUGGGUGGCUAAUGAUGAAAACUGUGGGAUCUGCAGGAUGCCGUUUAAUGGCUGCUGCCCAGACUGUAAGGUACCUGGCGACGACUGCCCGCUGGUCUGGGGUCAGUGCUCUCACUGUUUCCACAUGCACUGCAUCUUGAAAUGGCUGAACUCGCAGCAGGUGCAGCAGCAGUGCCCCAUGUGCCGACAGGAGUGGAAGUUUAAAGAAUGAAGCAUCUUCUCGGAUUUACUCGUUUGUUUUUGUAUCGACUGUAAAUAACUUCUGUUUUUGUAAUUCUGCUUCUUGUUUAAUUCAAUAAACACCUGAAACAUAUUCUAUCAACAGAAAAGGUGUUUAAAUAAAUAAAUAAAAAU